GCCAGCCUGGGCACUCCCCACGGGCUCGGGUCGAGGCGGAUCCCGGCGGCUGCUGCGCUCCCGGAGUUGAUCUCUGGCGCGGGCGCGCUUGCAGUUGGCAUCGGGAGCUGCGCAGCCCGGUCCGUCCCUUCCUUUGCAACCAUGUCUGCGCCCUCGCCCCCUUUCGUGAGCCCUUUCCCCAGACCUCGCUGCCUAGCCGCUGCCGCCCCGGCCGGCAAAGCCAAGCUGACCCACCCGGGCAAAGCGAUCUUGGCAGGUGGCAUCGCUGGUGGCAUUGAGAUCUGUAUUACAUUCCCCACAGAGUAUGUGAAAACUCAGCUCCAGUUGGAUGAGAAAGCUAACCCGCCACGCUACAAAGGCAUUGCGGACUGCGUGACACAGACCGUCAAAGGCCAUGGCGUCAGAGGACUUUACCGAGGUCUCAGCUCGUUGGUCUAUGGUUCUAUACCCAAGGCCGCCGUGAGGUUUGGCAUGUUUGAAUUCCUCAGCAACCAAAUGAGAGAUGCACAAGGGAAGCUGGAUAGCACACGUGGCCUCCUUGCUGGCUUGGGGGCUGGUGUGGCAGAAGCCGUGGUAGUGGUGUGCCCCAUGGAAACCGUUAAGGUGAAGUUUAUCCAUGACCAAUGCUCACCAAAGCCAAAGUAUCGAGGUUUCUUCCAUGGAGUGAGGGAGAUUGUUCGGGAACAAGGCUUGAAGGGAACAUACCAAGGCUUAACAGCAACUGUUCUAAAGCAGGGAUCAAACCAAGCUAUCCGCUUUUACGUCAUGACGGCGCUCAGAAAUUGGUACAAAGGUGAUGAUCCCAACAAAGUCUUGAACCCUUUGGUCACUGGGGUAUUUGGGGCUCUCGCUGGAGCUGCCAGUGUGUUUGGCAACACCCCGCUGGAUGUCGUGAAGACCAGGAUGCAGGGUCUUGAAGCACACAAAUACAAGAGCACUUGGGACUGUGCCUACAAGAUCAUGAAAUAUGAAGGUCCCUUGGCGUUUUACAAGGGCACCGUCCCCCGUCUGGGCCGGGUCUGCUUAGAUGUGGCCAUUGUGUUCAUCAUCUAUGAUGAAGUGGUCAAGGUACUCAACAAGGUGUGGAAAACUGACUGAGGCGGACAUGGUGGGAAGCUGAGUAAGCGCCCGUCCUCCACACCUGCUGUAGGGCAACAGCUGGGAGAAAAGAAGAUGUGACCAACCUCCAAGGGCAUUCUAGGGAUGUCUCUGCACGAGUGCACCUGGGGUGUGCCGGAGUCUCCUCUUCCUAUGCUGUGAACAGGACACUAAUCCAGUCCCUAACCAGCUGUGUCCAUAUCGAGCUUUCUGACUUUUAUUUAUCAGGAGGAACUUUGGAAAAUUUUAAAUUAUUGAUUGUGUGGUGACGUGACCAGAGAAGAUUUAAGUGAGGGGCCAAUGAAUUUAAAACACUGUCUCUGCUGUUGAGAGGUGGGAGAUUCUCUUGGUGCCCAGGAGGCGGGGAGAAAAGAAGCCUCCCUUCUCCCCACCACCACACACAGUUCAAGCCAAGAUGCCUUUUACAAACUGUAGUAAUUUAGGAUAUGUGGGUUGGGGAUUUCUUGUCAUGUUGUGGUGCUAUGCCUUUCCUAUAAGGGGCAUCGUAAGAAGCCAGUACUUGACCUUUAGCUAAGGAGAACUCUGCAGAAAUAGCAUUGGGGGGUGGGGGAUGGGACUGUCUGAUACUCCACUCCUAUAAUCUGCCAGCAGUGAGUCUUUAGGGAUUGCUGUUGACUUCCUUCCCAAGGGAGCCAUCCCAGAGAAACUCAAAAGGCUGUGUGGGUUGGGUGGAAUCAGAUGCACGGUGGCCUUCAUUCCUCUCUUGUCUCCUCACCCCUCGUUUUGAACUUUGCACAUUUCAGGAAGUGUGGUUGUGGGCAGAGAGAACUCUUAGAGCAUAGGUGUCAAACUCGCGGCCCUCCAGAUGGUAUGGACUACAGUUCCCAUCAUCCCCUGCCAGCUGGCAGGGGAUGAUGGGAACUGUAGUCCAUACCAUCUGGAGGGCCGCGAGUUUGACACCUGUGACUUAGAGGCUUUUGACAAAGCAGCAAUGUAAUGCAUUCCAUAAGUCUUCCCAACAACUGAUUCCUCAUGACCUUUACCUAGAUGGAAGCAGGCCCCGUAGGCCCAAGCUAGGUGUGAUGAUGGGAUGUCAGUUGAAAGCUUUCCCUGGUUCUCACAAAUAAUCCACAUUAGGGGCUGGAGGAAGGAAUGGCUUCCCUCCAUGCUGGUUUUGCAACCUUUACCCCCUCCUGGGGCUUUUUGGUUCCAGAGGAAACUUAUACAGGUGUCCCAUGGUAUAUAUUUUAUGUUUCACAUGAGGGGAAGCAGUUAAGGCUGUGUAAGUAGGCCAGUUUAUGGAUGAGGAGGAAAGACCUUGACCACCUUUCUCCCAUGCCCAAGCCUCAAUCUGACGCCAACCCCACUCAGUUGUUUACAGGAUUGUGGGUUUUUUUCCCCAUUCUGGGUGGGGUUUGGAAUAAAAAGCGCAAGAUACUUAAUCAUGAAUCUCCCAUUUUGACAUUUAGUUUUCCUUUUACGUUUCAGGGGCCUGACCUACGUUUGCGCUUGCAGGCUCAAGAAUGUGUGAAAAAGUUCUCUGUAGAGGCCCCUAUCCUGUGGGGAGGCAGUCACUGCCAUGAGCAUCUUUUUAACUAGUCUGGUUUUUAACUAUGUCUGAUUCUUAGGGUUUCCUCUCACCGAUUUCUUAAGGCUGAUAUCUUUUUAUUUAGAGUCCAGCGAAAGAUAGACAGGGGACCUUUCCCCACUUUUCCCUCGGCCGCCGUCGCUGCACACAAUUCCCAGCAUGCGGCAUCCCUGGCGCAUGCCCAGGCGUCCCCACGCUCUGUGUGGGGUCAUCAAAAG